AUGGCAAAGGGUCUCGAAACCAUCGCAUACGUACUCGGUGCCCUCACCGCAGGUGGAGGUACAAUGGGUUUCGUCAAGACUGGCUCGUUGCCCUCAGUCGCAGCCGGUUGGACAGUUGGUCUGCUGUAUGGCCUCGGUGGCUACCGCAUGCAAAGUGGCGAGGCUUACGGCACUGAGCUCGCUCUUCUCGCCUCGCUUGUUCUUGGGGGUUCUUCUAUACCCCGGGCGAUCCGCGGUGGAAAACCCGUCCCGACUGUUUUAAGCCUGGUCUCCCUUUUCGGCCUGGUUGUGUUCGGAAACGCUUGGAGGAAGACGCAGUGA